AUGCAUCUCGAAUCUCGAAUUUAUUUUAAGGCCAACUCUACUACUGAACUAUAUGAUCCAUCAGCAGAUCAAUGGACCACUACUGGAAGCACGGCACUACCACGUGAAUUUCAUACUGCAACUCUGCUCAAAUCUGGCAAAGUUCUUGUCGCUGGGGGCCAAGGACCUACCGGUUAUAUGGCUGAAUGUGAGAUAUAUGAUCCAUCAACCGGCCAAUGGAAUACUGCUGCGAGCAUGGCGACACCACGAAAAUAUCACACGGCAACCCUACUCAAUUCCGACCAAGUUCUUGUCACAGGUGGCACCACCAUUGAAUCAGACGUUAUUGUGAAUAGUUCUGAAAUAUAUGAUCCAUUAACGGACAAAUGGAGCCAUGCUGCAAGCAUGACAGCAGCACGUUCUGAGCAUACUGCAAUGCUACUGAAUUCGGGUAAAGUACUUGUCUUUGGUUAUGGACUUAGUUCUGAAAUAUAUGAUCCAUCAACGGGUCAGUGGAACUCUGCUGCAACCAUGAAACCACCAGCGCGUUAUUAUUCUAUUGCAGCUCUGCUCAAGUCGGGCAAAGUUCUUGACACUGGUGGCGUCCGAUCAGACAUAUAUCAGGCUGAGUGUGACAUAUACGAUCCAUCAACAGACCAAUGGGACACUAUUGCAAGCAUGACAAGAACACGUGCUGCUCAUACGGCAAUUUUGCUCAGUUCAGGCAAAGUUC